AAAUACGAAGUAGUAGAAAAAGCAGAGACUGUUGUGAAAAUUCAAUAAUAUAGGAGGAAAGAUUAAAAAUACUAUUUGUUUUAAGUGUUUAGAAAAAUUUAUAAAACCAAAAUAAACUUUAAGUGGUGAGCAUUUACAUGUCAAAAACAAUGUCCAAAGAAAAGGUCGAAAGUCUUGAAAACAAACACACCGAACACUGGGCAGGUGGCAGUGGUAAAGGCGGGUUAGAUGUGUGUCCUGAAUCUAAUUGUAAGACCAACUCUGAUGCUUCUAAAAGCAGUAUAGAUCGUGGAGGGGGGCAUAUUGAGUCGACACUAAUUGCUGAGAGGGAAGUUAUGGGUGCUUGCUCAUCAAAUAUAUUAAGCGAGAAUGAAGAGUACCCAUUACACAAAAGUGUUUUUCAAGGUGAUUUUAAAAGUUUGGCAAGACUUCUUCAACGGCCCCGAAAUAGCUGGCGAACGCAAGAAGAAAUCGGUUGUAAAGAUAAACAUGGAAACACACCCUUACAUCUAGCAGUAAUGUUAGGAAGGAAAGAGUGUAUCAAUUUGCUGUUAUCUCAUGACGCUCCCGUAAAAGUAAAAAACAAUGAAGGAUGGUCGCCACUAGCUGAAGCAAUUAGCUACGGUGAUAGACAAACUAUCUCCGCUGUGCUGUGUAAACUUAAACAGCAAUCCCGUCAGCAUAUGGAAACUCGUCGCGCUAAAUUAGUUCGUGCUCUUGAACAAAUGAAAGACUUUUAUAUGGAACUCAAAUGGGAUUUUGCUUCAUGGGUUCCACUUGUAUCCCGUAUGUUGCCGUCCGAUAUCUGUCGAAUUCACAAGUCGGGAGCCACCCUACGCCUUGACACAACAUUAGUAGAUUUCAAUGAUAUGCGUUGGGAGAGGGGGGACAUUUCUUUUAUUUUUCGUGGUGAUCGACCACCUCAUGAAUCAUUAACAGUUUUAGAUAACGAAUAUGAAUGUUAUCAGCACGUUCGAUAUGAAGAUACAGAUAUUGAAGACGAAGUAGAUGUACUAAUGUCUACGGAUAUUUUAGCUGCUCAAAUGUCAACGAAAAGCAUACAGUUUGCUCGAGCGCAAAGCGGUUGGAUUUUCCGCGAGGAUCGAAAAGAAUUAGUCAGCGGACAAUACCAAUGCGAUUUAUAUUCGAUACAGGGUCUUAUUUUAAAACAACGUAAAAGGCGAGAGCAUCUCUCACAUGAGGAUCUCCAAAAAAAUAAAGCUAUUGUUGAUACAAUAACACGUGGUGGUCGUCGUGCUAGCUUAACAAGUGCAAACGGGGAGGGUGGAUUAAAUAGGGAUUCAAUAAAUGGCUCUGCAUCAGAAAUGCCUCGAAGAAGUUCAUUGCAACCACCGCCCCCACCAACCAUUACAUGGGAGGAGUAUAUUAACACACCAAUUGGUAAAUGUCCCCAUUUGGGACGACCACCAGUACAUAAGCAAUCAAACAAGUCUAUACGGGCCACAGUAGCUAUGAGUAAAGAUUUUCCCCUUAGCGUCGAAAUGCUAUUAAAUGUAUUGGAAGUAAUUGCUCCUUUCAAACACAUUAAUAAAUUGCGUGAGUUUAUAACGCUCAAAUUACCAAGUGGGUUCCCCGUCAAAGUAGAGAUACCAGUUUUGCACACAGUGACAGCGAAAAUAACUUUCCAAAAGUUUGAAUUUCGUGACAACAUACCGGCAACACUAUUCGAUGUACCGUCGCAUUAUGUGGAAGAUGCCCGUCGUUUCCCAGAUUUAUGACCGGCAACAGGUCAGCAGCAUCCAACGACGGAAAGCGUCGAUUUAAACCGCAAUGCUACCAGCGACAUCAGAACUAAGACGCAUACCACUUUUAAUGAAAUAGACUAGUGUACAUAGGAGACAAAUAAAAAGCUGUAAUCAUCGCAUUGAUCCAUCAUUAAUAACAUCACGAAAAUAUGAUGUUUAUUCGUCUCCUAUUAUUUCAGUAUAAUAGCUCCAAAAAAUGUAUUAAAUACAAUUACCAUUCAAUGCAUUUACAUUAUUUGAUUGUAGUGUAUAUUACAUACUUCUGCGAUAAGAAGUAUAGUAUGCACGAUAUAACUAAGUAUAUAUUCAAUAAUGUACAUACUUAUGUAUUAUAUGUAUAUGAAUGUAUGAACAUACAUGUUAUUUCAAAACUUAAUUUAAACAUUUUUAUCUUAUUUUUUGACUACUAACCUAAACUUACUGAAUAAUUAUGUAUGUCAUAGGCUCAAACAAUAUACAUAACUGACAUUGUAAUUAUUGCGUCAAUUUAAUUUUGUCGAAUUUAAGUGUGAUUUGAAAUCAGAAUAUUUUCACGCGAAUAACUCGCCACUAAUUUUAUUACAAAUAUUUCAAAGUAAGCUGACAUGUAUUUAUAUGAUUGUAUAAUGAUGGUAUAUUACUAGCCAUUUUCAACGUGUUAAACAAUUGUAAUCCCAUUGUGCAAAUCCUUUUUUAUAGUGUGUAAGUUAUAGUAAAUGCUUGUGUAUAACAGUCUGUUGAAAUAUUAAUGAACAUUUUCUAAGAUUUUGUGUGUAAACAAAUUUAAUUAUGUACAUACUUAUAUGUUUUUUUUAGUUUAAAGCUUAAACUUAUAUAUAUUAUUGUUAUCAAACUUUAAUGAUAAAAUAUAAAAUACCUGCAUUCAGUUAGUUCCUUGGAGACAUGUAUAUACGUAUGAAUUUAUAUGCGUGUAAACUAUUUGGAAAAUAUCAAUACACUGCUUGAUCGUUGACCUACCUUCCCACCUGUUAAAUAAGUAUUCAUAUUUGAUAUAAUUUGUAGAAUUAUCAAGAUAUAUUAAGUAGAUGUUUCUAUUGUGUAAAUGUUCACGUAUUCUUUGUAUUAGUUCAUUUCAACAAAGUAUUUUCUGUUAGAGAAUUUUUAGAAAUUUAUGUUAACAGUAACUAUCUACGUUUACAUACGAAAUAAAUAUUAUAAUAAUCCGGACACAAAAUAAAUGAGAAAUGUAAAGAAUUUGUAAGUGCUAUAUUAUCAAAAACAAAAAUUAGUUAAAUAUAUUUUUACACAUUGUAUGUGCAACUUGCAUAACGUUUUUUAAAAAUAAAUGAAGAAAUAUUACUAAUUAAUUAUAAAUACAAAAUAAUCAGAACAAUAAAGUUUUUGUUCAAAAGCUUCAACAAAAACCCAGAAAAAAUUCAAACCAGAGGUAAACUACGCUAACGUAUUUUUAUUAAUUAUUACAAUAUUUAACUGAGUUAAUUUUUAUUAUUAGCAAAAAGCCUCAAAAAUUCUUUGGAAUAACCGGAAUGGCUGCCAUAUAUUAUAUAUAUGUAUAUGUACAUACGUAUAUAACUAUUUGCAUAUGCUACAAAAAUUAUUUGUAUCAUGUCCAAUUCACUAUUUGAUAAACUAAGAUUAACAGCAAAAAGAAACAGAUCCAAAAUAACGGUCUAUAGUUUAAUAACUUUAUAACAAAAAUAUUGAACGUUUUAUACUUAAAAUAAAGUUCAGGAUGAGGGUGCAUCCCACAUGUAUUUACUUUCUAUACAAGCACAAUCAUGAAGAAAAUAACAUUUUGAAUCAUUGCCAUGAAUACAUAACAUAAAUAAUAAAUUUCUGUAAAGGCAGCAUAAUAAAUGUAGAAUGACUGAAAGAACUUCAACCACUGCUUCGUUUAGUAAUAUUUACGAUUCCUCCACAAUAUCAAUAUUUAUAAGACAUUUCUCCUGACUUAUUUGAAAACUAUUUAGCACAUUAAUUUUUUAUGCACCUAUAUUCAUAAAGUAUGUCUCAAACAUUCGUUUAACAUUUACUUUUAAGGGCAAUAUGAAAUAUUUGAUUAUGCACAUGUAUAAGAUAUGUGACAAAUACAGUAGCAUCAAAAAAAAUCA